CUUAAAUUUUAGUGCAGUGUCACCUCUAUAUAGCUAUAGCUAUUCUCUUUUCUCUUAUACAACUAAAAUGGAGAAAACAAGAUCCUCAGAUCAUGUUGUUCUCUUCAUUGACCAACAAAACAACCCUAAACCUUCCACAAUGGAAACUGAAACUCACAACAACACUGAACCUCAUCAAGAGAAGCCCAAACAUCCCUUAAGAGCAAAAACCCUUAACCGUCUAAGCUUCUCCAAACCCAAAUCUCGAAUCCUUGAAUACAGUCAUCCACACCGCAACAAACUAUCUACCGCCGAUGAAGAAGAAGACACUCAUUUACCUUCAUACAAGAUUUCUUCUGAUGACGAAGACGACAAUAACUAUGAAUACAAGGAAGAAGAAUCGGAAGAUGAUUACGAUGAGGCUUUGCACGAUCCAAAGUUAAACAACAAAAAGAAAAAAUUUAAAGUGAAGUGGAGGCUAGUUUUUGAGUGGAUACUAUUUAUAAACAUAUUAACAUGUUUGGUUUGUUCUCUCGUAGCAAAACGCAUAAAAAACAUGCAUAUAUUAGGGUUAGAGGUUUGGAAAUGGUGUUUAAUGGCAAUGGUCACAUUUAGUGGCCGUUUAUUUUCAAGUUGGUUGGUUAGUUUAACCGUUUUUUUCGUCUUAAGAAACUUCAUGUUAAGAGAAAAAGUUUUAUAUUUCAUCUAUGGUUUACGAAACAGCAUUCGUAAUUGUUUAUGGUUAGGGCUCGUUUUAAUGUCAUACUGGAGUUUAGUUUUUGAAGAUGUCCAAAAGAAAAACCAUAAAUUCCUUAACAAAGUGUUUCAAGCCCUUGUCGCGGUUUUAGUAGGUGCAACAAUUUGGCUAGUGAAAAUUAUUUUGGUAAAAAUGUUAGCUUCUUCAUUUCAUGUGACAACAUAUUUUGAUAGGAUGAAAGAGAGUGUUUUUCAUCAUUAUGUGUUGGAUGCAUUGUCGGGUCCACCGGUUGAAAACAAAGAAGAAAUAUCGAAAGAGCAUCAUUUGUUGGGAUCGAAGACGAUGCCAGUGGGUGCGGGGAGGUGGAAGAAGAUGAAGAGAUUUGGUUCGAGGAGGAUUGAUAUGGAGAAGUUGAAGAAACUUAGUAUGGAGAGUAGUGGUUCUGCUUGGAGUGUUAAAAGGCUUGUUAAUUAUGUUAGGUCUUCAGGUUUGUCUACCAUUUCUAGGACUGUUGAUGAUUUUGGUAAUAGUGAGAGUGAGAUUAGUAGUGAAUGGGAAGCUAGAAGUUGUGCUCAGAAGAUUUUCAACAAUGUUGCUAAACCUGGUGCUAAGUAUAUUGAAGAGGAAGAUCUCAUGAGAUUUUUGAAGAGGGUUGAGAUACAUACCAUAUUUCCACUCUUUGAAGGUGCUCUUGAAACUGGAAAAAUUAGCAGAUCCUCAUUUAGAAAUUGGGUGAUUCGAGCAUAUUAUGAAAGAAAAGCACUAGCACAAUCAUUGAAUGAUACAAAAACAGCAGUGCAACAACUUCACAAAUUAGCAAGUGCAGUAGUGAGUGUGAUAAUAAUAAUUGUGACACUUUUGGUGAUGGAAGUAGCUACAAUGAAGAUAAUAUUGUUUUGUAUCACACAAACUGUUUUAAUAGGAGUUGCAUUUCAAGGCACUUGCAAAACUGUCUUGGAAGCUAUUAUCUUUGUCUUCAUCAUGCAUCCUUUUGAUAUUGGAGACCGUUGUGUUAUUGAUGGUGUUCAGAUGAUUGUGGAAGAAAUGAAUAUCUUGACAACAGUGUUUCUUCGAUAUGACAAUGAGAAAAUAUAUUACCCUAAUGCUGUCUUGCUCACUAAGCCAAUAAGCAAUUUUUAUAGAAGUCCAGAGAUGUGUGAUGCAAUUGAUUUCACCAUUGAUGUCACAACUCCUAUAGAGACUAUCAUUACACUCAAGAAAUCAAUAAAAAUGUACAUUGAGAGCAAACCAAAGUAUUGGAAUCCAAAGCACAGUGUGAUGGCAAAACAAAUAGAUCAUGUGGACAAGUUAAGGUUAUGUUUAUGUGUGCAACACACCAUUAACCAUCAAAACUAUGGUGAGAGAAGCACUAGAAUAUCAGAACUCAUCUUGGAGUUGAAAAAGAUGUUUGAGAUUCAUGGUAUCAAGUACCAUCUUCUUCCUCAAGAAAUCCAUCUCACUCAAAUGAAUAUUGGAAAUGGGAGAAAUUUGUUUCAAUCAUGAAACAAACUUAUUUCUUUUGAUUUUUAGAGUGAAUUAUCAUAAUAAUCAUCAAACCAAGAACUGUUAAAUGAUCUUUUGUUGAAACUUCAUCUCUUAUAAGCUUGAAUUAAUUUUCACUAAA